UCGGGUUAUGCCCUUUGAGGGACGAGGUGAGUUGAAGCGGGAAGAGCCAAAUGUUGACAGAUCCACGGAUCCAGUUCUAGUUUUCUGAUGUGUCUUCUGUAAGAAGGUCAGCAUAUGUUUUGUGCCCCAUUCUUUAUCACAAAAAAAGAGAAGAAAUAUUGCAGUGAAUGAAGAUUCCUCUGCAUUUUAGCACUGCUUUUUCUACUGUAGCUGGCUUUUGAAUGAGGAUGACAAUGGAAGAGAUGAAGAAUGAAGCUGAGACCACUUCUAUGGUUUCUAUGCCCCUCUAUGCAGUCAUGUAUCCUGUGUUUAAUGAGCUAGAACGAGUAAAUUUGUCUGCAGCUCAGACACUGAGAGCCGCCUUCAUUAAGGCUGAAAAAGAAAAUCCAGGUCUCACACAAGAUAUCAUUGUGAAGAUUUUAGAGAAAAAAAGUGUAGAAGUUAAUUUCACGGAGUCCCUUCUUCGUAUGGCAGCUGAUGAUGUAGAAGAGUAUAUGAUUGAACGACCAGAGCCAGAAUUCCAGGACCUAAAUGAAAAGGCACGAGCACUUAAACAUAUUCUCAGUAAGAUCCCAGAUGAGAUCAAUGACAGAGUGAGGUUUCUACAGACAAUCAA